UUCACAGCUGAUCAAUCAACUGAUUGCACAAUAUCAUUGUUGUAGUUCCGACAAAAAUAUUUCCUGGUGUGUUCUCCAAUUUUUUAAGUUUUUCCCUGUUCAUGGAUUAUUGACGAUGUCACAAGACAGACGCAUCAUCCAAAAGGAACCGAAUUGAUUGAUAACGAGAUAAAGAAAAUAUAGGUAAAGAAGCAAUUCUGAGAGUGGCAGAGUGGGUGAACAAAAUCCGGAAGAUGAAGCGCCGAGGAGGACCAAUACAGCAGUGGGUUGAUUCAAUUGCAACCCCAACAAAAUCAGUUGAUGUACAAAUCCACUGUGAUAGCCAUGACCUAACUCCACCACCAACCCCAGAACAUUCCAAAGAUGUGAUGUACAACAGUAAUCCAGCCAUGACUAUCUCCGCACCAUCAUCAGUACCUUGCUCAUCAACGAUAACACUGACAAGUAGUCUAAGCCCUGGUCCACACAACAGAUUAAUGAGAGACCCGAGUUUGCAAUCCGACAGCAGCCACUGUAGUAGCGUCGAAAGUCUUCUAGAACUUCGCAGGGCCGAUCCCGAAGCGAUCCUCCUAGGCCUCGGGUUCGGCGGAUGUCCCAAGGCCUCUCAGGAUAAUGGACCACUUUCGCGUAUCCCAAAAAGAUUCCUCCAGCCAUCAAAAUUGAAGGGCAUCACCAUCGAUGAUUUCGUCAGACAGCAGCAAGAAACUACUGAAUCGAUUGAUUCAGCUUCAUUGGGCUAUCGUGGAUUAACUGGAUCACCAUAUGUGGCUCCAUCAGAAAUAGUUCAAAAGAUUAUGGAACGUCUACGCGAACAUGAGAGUCAUGAGCUCGAUGCUUAUACGGCAUACAAUUCUGAAACCUGUACUACAUCUCCAGUACAGCAGAGUGGACUCUCAGUAUUAUCUCCGGAUAAUCGGCAGUUUCUAGACAGACAGCGAUCUAAGAGCCCUGAUAUUUGCAACAAACGUAUGAUCAUAGGAAAAAAAUCAUUCGCAUUCAGUUGUGAUGGUGAUUUAAUCGAGAUAAAUAAUCCGCCAAGUCUCAACACUCAGAACUACCGUGAUCAUUUUAUGAAUCGGUCUCUUCUCGAAUCCAUUAACGUCGACUCGAGCAAUGAACAGUGUCGAAUCGUGCCGGAAUCUUCAACAAACAACAAUAUAUGUCCGUGGAAUUCAUCUUCAUCAAACUCUGACCCUAGCAGUGAUCCUGUAAUAGAGCCCAAUUGUCGAUGUGGGUCACUCGACAAUGAGAGUCUCAUGGAUGACAAUAACAUUCAUGGUGACGAUUCACCGGACAUUGAAACGGCAAUACCAAAAUACCAUGAUAACGAUAGAGAUUGGACUACUUCUAAUUUAUCAAGUGAUACCACUAUCCCUUUUUCUAUGGAUAGUCCUAGAAGAGCAAGUGAUAGUUCUUGUGCAGCACAAUCAAUUAAUUCAUACGAUGAGGGGCGUAGAUUCAGCGAUGGGACCAUGCGAGUGAAUCCUGAUAGAUCUAAACGAAAAAAUCAAAGCAGGAGGAUUCUCCAACGCCAGGCAAGAAUAAGAGAAUCUGAUGCCAUCGAACUCCCGCUCCCAGACUCCCCCGAUUCUCUAUCCAUCGAUAAGUUAAAUAAUUUUGAUGGUGUUGCUUCCGAGAAGGACCAUGAAAUUACAGAUGUACAAACUAGUUCCAUAGAAACUCAGAAUCAGAGUGUAAUGAGGCCAAGUACAAGGAAGACGUUUUGUGACCCCAAAAAACACCAUUUGUGUUGUAAAAGUGAUAAUGAACAGAUAUGUAUACACGAGGAGAACUGUGAGGAAUGUUGUUACUACAAAAGUACAAGGAACUGUUGGCGAAAAAUGCACAAAAUCAUGAAGAAGAAUGAAAAAUUGGAAAAUAUGGUUGCCAAGAGCAGACAAGAAAUGGCGGAAAUCCGAGAGAUGUUGAGUAGUGUGUUGUCAGUAAGAAUGGAGCCCGGUUUUUGAUUUCUUACGACAUCUACAUAAUAUUAAUGAUAAUCAAAAGAAAAAUGAGGAUACAAUCUACAUUCCUAGAGGAUAAUUUGAAGUGACUACUCAUGGCAAUAUUUCUAUAUGAAUAUUCUACCUAGUGACUAGUGACAUUCCAUUCAGGAAUAAUUUUAGAGUCUCUUAUUGGUUUAAACCAAUAUUUACUGAUUACUUUUUCUAAUGCUAAGAACCAAUUGAGAAGAUUGCAAUUUUUAUGCUUCGUUCGUAAAUGAUAUUUACAGAUAUUUUACAUGUAGACUCACAAAAAAUGAAAAUAAUGAAUUACAAUCAAGCAGGUUUCUGCUGUCAUGCCAAUGGGACCUGGAUUACGUUGUUAUCGUAAUUUUCUUGCAAUUAUUGCAAUUAAUUUUUCGUAUUGAGCUAUUUUUGCUCAAGCUGCGAUCGCCACCUAACAGUGGCCAAUAUUUUUUAUUCCGUGUAGCUUUAUAUCUAUUCUGUAAUAUAGAUUUUGUUAUCAAUUUAUUGGUAUUUCUACCAGAGAUCUAUUAUACGUAUUUUUAGGGGCAUACAUUCUCGAAAUGUCUUGCAAAUGUUUUUUUAAAACACGAUGACUCAAAAACGUAGCGACCUAUUUAUCUUGCGACCAAUUCUGUCUAUUAACGAUACCGGUCGUGCCUAUCAGAAUUAGUAAUGAUUUAUGUAUCAAAUUUAAAAGUUCUAAUAAUAUUUUUGCUCGAAUAUCAUUCGAGUAAGUGUGUUCACAAGGCGUUUUUUGUGAAAAGAUGUUGGAACUGGAGUAACUCAAGAUCGAAUAAUGAGCAAUUUAUCAAAAAUUAUAUAUUGUAUGAUAUAUUGAAUGAUAGUACAUAUUUUGAUGUAAGUACCAGCGCAGAGAGUACAUAUGCGUGUUUUCGCCAAUUAUUGGUAUGGUUUUGGACCUUCAAAAAUUUAAUUUCGUUGCGGCUUCUUGUAUGGCCGUCUUAUGAUUCAGAGACUAAAAUUUUUUUUUCAAAUUUUGUUGCGCCCACAACGUUAAUUUUCUAUAUAAGAAAGGUCAGGAGAUAUUGGAGAAAUAAUUACGAGUUUGUUUAAAUUGUCAUAGUGCGACGUUUCGCUAAAUUAUUUUAGCUUCAUCAGGCUGUUGACAGCGAUCUACGUUAAUUCUUGAGUUUUGCGAGCUUUUGACAAAAUUUUGCGUUUCAGCACAGGUCAAUUUUUUCGUGUUUUCGCAAAGUAUU